UUGCUUCCUAAACCCUAUUUCCCGUCUUGCCACUCCAUUCCGUUCUAUUACCAGCCACUGCACUCCACCUCCGCCGCUCGCCGUUCACCUCUCACUCUCAGCCGCCGCUGUUUCAGCCUCCCGACGAAAUCUCCGACGCUCCCUCCCUUUCACACUCUCUUGCCUCUCCGAGCAAUCAGAGUUACUUGUCUUCGUCUUUUUUUUUUUUUUUUUUUUCCUUCAUCAAAUAUUUGAAAUCCUUCCAUAUUCAGGGAUUCCGAAGAGGGCUAAGGUAUAUACAGACGCAUGGACUGAAACAAAACAAAUAGCUGAUGAGAACUUUAUUCCUUCUCAAAUCCUGCUGCUCAAAAUACAGCCCGCAACCUAUACAUAGUGGAAUUUCAUCGAGCUUGAUUUUCUUUCUGUAGAAGCUUGUUGGCAGUAAUUCAAGGUCGUUUUUGCAGAUUGUUUUACUUCUGUUCCUAUUUUUUAGGAGUAUAUUUGGAUUACGGUUGAUUAUACGAGAGAGAGAGUCCAUAAUGGCCUUUAGAGGAAAGGAAAUGAUGAAGAAGAUACUGAAGAAAGUUGGAGAGAAAAAUUUGGCGCCUGGAGUGAAGGAUUCAUUGAAGAAAUGUAUUCCAGACAGCAAAAUAGUGAUGAAUAGAGCAAACCGUGGUAUUUAUGCUGGCCGUCACAUCCGAUUCGGCAACCGUGUCAGUGAAGACGGUGGCAACAAGUCAAGGAGGAGUUGGAAACCAAACGUCCAAGAGAAGCGACUUUUCAGUUAUAUUCUAGACCGCCAUAUUCGAGUUAAAGUCACCACUCAUGCCCUUAGAUGCAUCGACAAGGCUGGUGGAAUUGACGAGUAUCUGCUGAAAACUCCAUACCACAAAAUGGACACUGAAAUUGGGCUGUUUUGGAAGACAAAGAUCGAGAAGAUGUAUGAAGAACUUGGGCAGAUGGAGGUCGUUUUCUUCUCGCCAGAGGACGAAGCUAAAUUUGAACAGGGCUUUAGAGAACUGAAAUUAACUGAAAGGGCAGCGCGAAAGGAGGCAAGAAGACAGAUGUAUGGCAGUUCGACCAAACACGAUCAGAUCAAAGAGGGCCAAGAAGACCGCCAUGGAUCUAGUGAGGAAGCUGCAAGUUCUGAAGGAGGUUCCCAUGGCGAUGAUGGUCAUCAGCAGAAGGUUGCCAACGCUUAAUUAUUUAUAGAUGACUUUUUUCUCAACUUGGGAGCUUAAGCCUCGACUUUUUCUCAUCUCUUUCCAAGGAUUUGUUUCCUCAUUUUUCACUAUAACCUUUUGUAGCUUAUUUGUAUUUUGUUUAAUGUAAACAGUUAGAAAUGAGAAUUGUUUUCGGAAAUUAAGAUGUGAAAUCUUAAAACUAAGUAUUGUUCAAUAAGAUUUGAGAUUUGAAGUUUGUGGCAAA